AUGAAACGGAGGAGACCACGACGGAAGGUGACGGAGACGUAUGAGGAGGUGCCAAUCUUCAAGAAGACGCCCGAGACGACGGAAGUGGAUGAAACGGAGGAGACCACGACGGAAGUGACGUUCACGACGGAGACGUAUGAGGAGGUGCCAAUCUUCAAGAAGACGCCCGAGACGACGGAAGUGGAUGAAACGGAGGAGACCACGACGGAAGUGACGUUCACGACGGAGACGUAUGAGGAGGUGCCAAUCUUCAAGAAGACGCCCGAGACGACGGAAGUGGAUGAAACGGAGGAGACCACGACGGAAGUGACGUUCACGACGGAGACGUAUGAGGAGGUGCCAAUCUUCAAGAAGACGCCCGAGACGACGGAAGUGGAUGAAACGGAGGAGACCACGACGGAAGUGACGUUCACGACGGAGACGUAUGAGGAGGUGCCAAUCUUCAAGAAGACGCCCGAGACGACGGAAGUGGAUGAAACGGAGGAGACCACGACGGAAGUGACGUUCACGACGGAGACGUAUGAGGAGGUGCCAAUCUUCAAGAAGACGCCCGAGACGACGGAAGUGGAUGAAACGGAGGAGACCACGACGGAAGUGACGUUCACGACGGAGACGUAUGAGGAGAAGACGCCCGAGACGACGGAAGUGGAUGAAACGGAGGAGACCACGACGGAAGUGACGUUCACGACGGAGACGUAUGAGGAGGUGCCAAUCUUCAAGAAGACGCCCGAGACGACGGAAGUGGAUGAAACGGAGGAGACCACGACGGAAGUGACGGAGACGUAUGAGGAGGUGCCAAUCUUCAAGAAGACGCCCGAGACGACGGAAGUGGAUGAAACGGAGGAGACCACGACGGAAGUGACGACGGAGACGUAUGAGGAGGUGCCAAUCUUCAAGAAGACGCCCGAGACGACGGAAGUGGAUGAAACGGAGGAGACCACGACGGAAGUGACGGAGACGUAUGAGGAGGUGCCAAUCUUCAAGAAGACGCCCGAGACGACGGAAGUGGAUGAAACGGAGGAGACCACGACGGAAGUGACGUUCACGACGGAGACGUAUGAGGAGGUGCCAAUCUUCAAGAAGACGCCCGAGACGACGGAAGUGGAUGAAACGGAGGAGACCACGACGGAAGUGACGGAGACGUAUGAGGAGGUGCCAAUCUUCAAGAAGACGCCCGAGACGACGGAAGUGGAUGAAACGGAGGAGACCACGACGGAAGUGACGUUCACGACGGAGACGUAUGAGGAGGUGCCAAUCUUCAAGAAGACGCCCGAGACGACGGAAGUGGAUGAAACGGAGGAGACCACGACGGAAGUGACGGAGACGUAUGAGGAGGUGCCAAUCUUCAAGAAGACGCCCGAGACGACGGAAGUGGAUGAAACGGAGGAGACCACGACGGAAGUGACGUUCACGACGGAGACGUAUGAGGAGGUGCCAAUCUUCAAGAAGACGCCCGAGACGACGGAAGUGGAUGAAACGGAGGAGACCACGACGGAAGUGACGUUCACGACGGAGACGUAUGAGGAGGUGCCAAUCUUCAAGAAGACGCCCGAGACGACGGAAGUGGAUGAAACGGAGGAGACCACGACGGAAGUGACGUUCACGACGGAGACGUAUGAGGAGGUGCCAAUCUUCAAGAAGACGCCCGAGACGACGGAAGUGGAUGAAACGGAGGAGACCACGACGGAAGUGACGGAGACGUAUGAGGAGGUGCCAAUCUUCAAGAAGACGCCCGAGACGACGGAAGUGGAUGAAACGGAGGAGACCACGACGGAAGUGACGUUCACGACGGAGACGUAUGAGGAGGUGCCAAUCUUCAAGAAGACGCCCGAGACGACGGAAGUGGAUGAAACGGAGGAGACCACGACGGAAGUGACGGAGACGUAUGAGGAGGUGCCAAUCUUCAAGAAGACGCCCGAGACGACGGAAGUGGAUGAAACGGAGGAGACCACGACGGAAGUGACGUUCACGACGGAGACGUAUGAGGAGGUGCCAAUCUUCAAGAAGACGCCCGAGACGACGGAAGUGGAUGAAACGGAGGAGACCACGACGGAAGUGACGUUCACGACGGAGACGUAUGAGGAGGUGCCAAUCUUCAAGAAGACGCCCGAGACGACGGAAGUGGAUGAAACGGAGGAGACCACGACGGAAGUGACGGAGACGUAUGAGGAGGUGCCAAUCUUCAAGAAGACGCCCGAGACGACGGAAGUGGAUGAAACGGAGGAGACCACGACGGAAGUGACGUUCACGACGGAGACGUAUGAGGAGGUGCCAAUCUUCAAGAAGACGCCCGAGACGACGGAAGUGGAUGAAACGGAGGAGACCACGACGGAAGUGACGUUCACGACGGAGACGUAUGAGGAGAAGACGCCCGAGACGACGGAAGUGGAUGAAACGGAGGAGACCACGACGGAAGUGACGUUCACGACGGAGACGUAUGAGGAGGUGCCAAUCUUCAAGAAGACGCCCGAGACGACGGAAGUGGAUGAAACGGAGGAGACCACGACGGAAGUGACGGAGACGUAUGAGGAGGUGCCAAUCUUCAAGAAGACGCCCGAGACGACGGAAGUGGAUGAAACGGAGGAGACCACGACGGAAGUGACGUUCACGACGGAGACGUAUGAGGAGGUGCCAAUCUUCAAGAAGACGCCCGAGACGACGGAAGUGGAUGAAACGGAGGAGACCACGACGGAAGUGACGGAGACGUAUGAGGAGGUGCCAAUCUUCAAGAAGACGCCCGAGACGACGGAAGUGGAUGAAACGGAGGAGACCACGACGGAAGUGACGGAGACGUAUGAGGAGGUGCCAAUCUUCAAGAAGACGCCCGAGACGACGGAAGUGGAUGAAACGGAGGAGACCACGACGGAAGUGACGUUCACGACGGAGACGUAUGAGGAGGUGCCAAUCUUCAAGAAGACGCCCGAGACGACGGAAGUGGAUGAAACGGAGGAGACCACGACGGAAGUGACGUUCACGACGGAGACGUAUGAGGAGGUGCCAAUCUUCAAGAAGACGCCCGAGACGACGGAAGUGGAUGAAACGGAGGAGACCACGACGGAAGUGACGUUCACGACGGAGACGUAUGAGGAGGUGCCAAUCUUCAAGAAGACGCCCGAGACGACGGAAGUGGAUGAAACGGAGGAGACCACGACGGAAGUGACGUUCACGACGGAGACGUAUGAGGAGGUGCCAAUCUUCAAGAAGACGCCCGAGACGACGGAAGUGGAUGAAACGGAGGAGACCACGACGGAAGUGACGGAGACGUAUGAGGAGGUGCCAAUCUUCAAGAAGACGCCCGAGACGACGGAAGUGGAUGAAACGGAGGAGACCACGACGGAAGUGACGUUCACGACGGAGACGUAUGAGGAGGUGCCAAUCUUCAAGAAGACGCCCGAGACGACGGAAGUGGAUGAAACGGAGGAGACCACGACGGAAGUGACGUUCACGACGGAGACGUAUGAGGAGGUGCCAAUCUUCAAGAAGACGCCCGAGACGACGGAAGUGGAUGAAACGGAGGAGACCACGACGGAAGUGACGGAGACGUAUGAGGAGGUGCCAAUCUUCAAGAAGACGCCCGAGACGACGGAAGUGGAUGAAACGGAGGAGACCACGACGGAAGUGACGUUCACGACGGAGACGUAUGAGGAGGUGCCAAUCUUCAAGAAGACGCCCGAGACGACGGAAGUGGAUGAAACGGAGGAGACCACGACGGAAGUGACGGAGACGUAUGAGGAGGUGCCAAUCUUCAAGAAGACGCCCGAGACGACGGAAGUGGAUGAAACGGAGGAGACCACGACGGAAGUGACGUUCACGACGGAGACGUAUGAGGAGGUGCCAAUCUUCAAGAAGACGCCCGAGACGACGGAAGUGGAUGAAACGGAGGAGACCACGACGGAAGUGACGUUCACGACGGAGACGUAUGAGGAGGUGCCAAUCUUCAAGAAGACGCCCGAGACGACGGAAGUGGAUGAAACGGAGGAGACCACGACGGAAGUGACGUUCACGACGGAGACGUAUGAGGAGGUGCCAAUCUUCAAGAAGACGCCCGAGACGACGGAAGUGGAUGAAACGGAGGAGACCACGACGGAAGUGACGUUCACGACGGAGACGUAUGAGGAGGUGCCAAUCUUCAAGAAGACGCCCGAGACGACGGAAGUGGAUGAAACGGAGGAGACCACGACGGAAGUGACGUUCACGACGGAGACGUAUGAGGAGGUGCCAAUCUUCAAGAAGACGCCCGAGACGACGGAAGUGGAUGAAACGGAGGAGACCACGACGGAAGUGACGUUCACGACGGAGACGUAUGAGGAGGUGCCAAUCUUCAAGAAGACGCCCGAGACGACGGAAGUGGAUGAAACGGAGGAGACCACGACGGAAGUGACGUUCACGACGGAGACGUAUGAGGAGGUGCCAAUCUUCAAGAAGACGCCCGAGACGACGGAAGUGGAUGAAACGGAGGAGACCACGACGGAAGUGACGGAGACGUAUGAGGAGGUGCCAAUCUUCAAGAAGACGCCCGAGACGACGGAAGUGGAUGAAACGGAGGAGACCACGACGGAAGUGACGUUCACGACGGAGACGUAUGAGGAGGUGCCAAUCUUCAAGAAGACGCCCGAGACGACGGAAGUGGAUGAAACGGAGGAGACCACGACGGAAGUGACGUUCACGACGGAGACGUAUGAGGAGGUGCCAAUCUUCAAGAAGACGCCCGAGACGACGGAAGUGGAUGAAACGGAGGAGACCACGACGGAAGUGACGGAGACGUAUGAGGAGGUGCCAAUCUUCAAGAAGACGCCCGAGACGACGGAAGUGGAUGAAACGGAGGAGACCACGACGGAAGUGACGUUCACGACGGAGACGUAUGAGGAGGUGCCAAUCUUCAAGAAGACGCCCGAGACGACGGAAGUGGAUGAAACGGAGGAGACCACGACGGAAGUGACGUUCACGACGGAGACGUAUGAGGAGGUGCCAAUCUUCAAGAAGACGCCCGAGACGACGGAAGUGGAUGAAACGGAGGAGACCACGACGGAAGUGACGUUCACGACGGAGACGUAUGAGGAGGUGCCAAUCUUCAAGAAGACGCCCGAGACGACGGAAGUGGAUGAAACGGAGGAGACCACGACGGAAGUGACGUUCACGACGGAGACGUAUGAGGAGGUGCCAAUCUUCAAGAAGACGCCCGAGACGACGGAAGUGGAUGAAACGGAGGAGACCACGACGGAAGUGACGGAGACGUAUGAGGAGGUGCCAAUCUUCAAGAAGACGCCCGAGACGACGGAAGUGGAUGAAACGGAGGAGACCACGACGGAAGUGACGUUCACGACGGAGACGUAUGAGGAGGUGCCAAUCUUCAAGAAGACGCCCGAGACGACGGAAGUGGAUGAAACGGAGGAGACCACGACGGAAGUGACGUUCACGACGGAGACGUAUGAGGAGAAGACGCCCGAGACGACGGAAGUGGAUGAAACGGAGGAGACCACGACGGAAGUGACGUUCACGACGGAGACGUAUGAGGAGGUGCCAAUCUUCAAGAAGACGCCCGAGACGACGGAAGUGGAUGAAACGGAGGAGACCACGACGGAAGUGACGGAGACGUAUGAGGAGGUGCCAAUCUUCAAGAAGACGCCCGAGACGACGGAAGUGGAUGAAACGGAGGAGACCACGACGGAAGUGACGUUCACGACGGAGACGUAUGAGGAGGUGCCAAUCUUCAAGAAGACGCCCGAGACGACGGAAGUGGAUGAAACGGAGGAGACCACGACGGAAGUGACGUUCACGACGGAGACGUAUGAGGAGGUGCCAAUCUUCAAGAAGACGCCCGAGACGACGGAAGUGGAUGAAACGGAGGAGACCACGACGGAAGUGACGGAGACGUAUGAGGAGGUGCCAAUCUUCAAGAAGACGCCCGAGACGACGGAAGUGGAUGAAACGGAGGAGACCACGACGGAAGUGACGUUCACGACGGAGACGUAUGAGGAGGUGCCAAUCUUCAAGAAGACGCCCGAGACGACGGAAGUGGAUGAAACGGAGGAGACCACGACGGAAGUGACGGAGACGUAUGAGGAGGUGCCAAUCUUCAAGAAGACGCCCGAGACGACGGAAGUGGAUGAAACGGAGGAGACCACGACGGAAGUGACGUUCACGACGGAGACGUAUGAGGAGGUGCCAAUCUUCAAGAAGACGCCCGAGACGACGGAAGUGGAUGAAACGGAGGAGACCACGACGGAAGUGACGUUCACGACGGAGACGUAUGAGGAGGUGCCAAUCUUCAAGAAGACGCCCGAGACGACGGAAGUGGAUGAAACGGAGGAGACCACGACGGAAGUGACGUUCACGACGGAGACGUAUGAGGAGGUGCCAAUCUUCAAGAAGACGCCCGAGACGACGGAAGUGGAUGAAACGGAGGAGACCACGACGGAAGUGACGGAGACGUAUGAGGAGGUGCCAAUCUUCAAGAAGACGCCCGAGACGACGGAAGUGGAUGAAACGGAGGAGACCACGACGGAAGUGACGUUCACGACGGAGACGUAUGAGGAGGUGCCAAUCUUCAAGAAGACGCCCGAGACGACGGAAGUGGAUGAAACGGAGGAGACCACGACGGAAGUGACGUUCACGACGGAGACGUAUGAGGAGGUGCCAAUCUUCAAGAAGACGCCCGAGACGACGGAAGUGGAUGAAACGGAGGAGACCACGACGGAAGUGACGGAGACGUAUGAGGAGGUGCCAAUCUUCAAGAAGACGCCCGAGACGACGGAAGUGGAUGAAACGGAGGAGACCACGACGGAAGUGACGUUCACGACGGAGACGUAUGAGGAGGUGCCAAUCUUCAAGAAGACGCCCGAGACGACGGAAGUGGAUGAAACGGAGGAGACCACGACGGAAGUGACGGAGACGUAUGAGGAGGUGCCAAUCUUCAAGAAGACGCCCGAGACGACGGAAGUGGAUGAAACGGAGGAGACCACGACGGAAGUGACGUUCACGACGGAGACGUAUGAGGAGGUGCCAAUCUUCAAGAAGACGCCCGAGACGACGGAAGUGGAUGAAACGGAGGAGACCACGACGGAAGUGACGGAAGUGACGGAGACGUAUGAGGAGGUGCCAAUCUUCAAGAAGACGCCCGAGACGACGGAAGUGGAUGAAACGGAGGAGACCACGACGGAAGUGACGUUCACGACGGAGACGUAUGAGGAGGUGCCAAUCUUCAAGAAGACGCCCGAGACGACGGAAGUGGAUGAAACGGAGGAGACCACGACGGAAGUGACGGAGACGUAUGAGGAGGUGCCAAUCUUCAAGAAGACGCCCGAGACGACGGAAGUGGAUGAAACGGAGGAGACCACGACGGAAGUGACGUUCACGACGGAGACGUAUGAGGAGGUGCCAAUCUUCAAGAAGACGCCCGAGACGACGGAAGUGGAUGAAACGGAGGAGACCACGACGGAAGUGACGUUCACGACGGAGACGUAUGAGGAGGUGCCAAUCUUCAAGAAGACGCCCGAGACGACGGAAGUGGAUGAAACGGAGGAGACCACGACGGAAGUGACGGAGACGUAUGAGGAGGUGCCAAUCUUCAAGAAGACGCCCGAGACGACGGAAGUGGAUGAAACGGAGGAGACCACGACGGAAGUGACGUUCACGACGGAGACGUAUGAGGAGGUGCCAAUCUUCAAGAAGACGCCCGAGACGACGGAAGUGGAUGAAACGGAGGAGACCACGACGGAAGUGACGGAAGUGACGGAGACGUAUGAGGAGGUGCCAAUCUUCAAGAAGACGCCCGAGACGACGGAAGUGGAUGAAACGGAGGAGACCACGACGGAAGUGACGGAGACGUAUGAGGAGGUGCCAAUCUUCAAGAAGACGCCCGAGACGACGGAAGUGGAUGAAACGGAGGAGACCACGACGGAAGUGACGUUCACGACGGAGACGUAUGAGGAGGUGCCAAUCUUCAAGAAGACGCCCGAGACGACGGAAGUGGAUGAAACGGAGGAGACCACGACGGAAGUGACGGAGACGUAUGAGGAGAAGACGCCCGAGACGACGGAAGUGGAUGAAACGGAGGAGACCACGACGGAAGUGACGUUCACGACGGAGACGUAUGAGGAGGUGCCAAUCUUCAAGAAGACGCCCGAGACGACGGAAGUGGAUGAAACGGAGGAGACCACGACGGAAGUGACGUUCACGACGGAGACGUAUGAGGAGGUGCCAAUCUUCAAGAAGACGCCCGAGACGACGGAAGUGGAUGAAACGGAGGAGACCACGACGGAAGUGACGGAAGUGACGGAGACGUAUGAGGAGGUGCCAAUCUUCAAGAAGACGCCCGAGACGACGGAAGUGGAUGAAACGGAGGAGACCACGACGGAAGUGACGGAGACGUAUGAGGAGGUGCCAAUCUUCAAGAAGACGCCCGAGACGACGGAAGUGGAUGAAACGGAGGAGACCACGACGGAAGUGACGUUCACGACGGAGACGUAUGAGGAGGUGCCAAUCUUCAAGAAGACGCCCGAGACGACGGAAGUGGAUGAAACGGAGGAGACCACGACGGAAGUGACGGAGACGUAUGAGGAGGUGCCAAUCUUCAAGAAGACGCCCGAGACGACGGAAGUGGAUGAAACGGAGGAGACCACGACGGAAGUGACGUUCACGACGGAGACGUAUGAGGAGGUGCCAAUCUCCAAGAAGACGCCCGAGACGACGGAAGUGGAUGAAACGGAGGAGACCACGACGGAAGUGACGUUCACGACGGAGACGUAUGAGGAGGUGCCAAUCUUCAAGAAGACGCCCGAGACGACGGAAGUGGAUGAAACGGAGGAGACCACGACGGAAGUGACGUUCACGACGGAGACGUAUGAGGAGGUGCCAAUCUUCAAGAAGACGCCCGAGACGACGGAAGUGGAUGAAACGGAGGAGACCACGACGGAAGUGACGUUCACGACGGAGACGUAUGAGGAGGUGCCAAUCUUCAAGAAGACGCCCGAGACGACGGAAGUGGAUGAAACGGAGGAGACCACGACGGAAGUGACGGAGACGUAUGAGGAGGUGCCAAUCUUCAAGAAGACGCCCGAGACGACGGAAGUGGAUGAAACGGAGGAGACCACGACGGAAGUGACGGAGACGUAUGAGGAGGUGCCAAUCUCCAAGAAGACGCCCGAGACGACGGAAGUGGAUGAAACGGAGGAGACCACGACGGAAGUGACGGAAGUGACGGAGACGUAUGAGGAGGUGCCAAUCUUCAAGAAGACGCCCGAGACGACGGAAGUGGAUGAAACGGAGGAGACCACGACGGAAGUGACGGAGACGUAUGAGGAGGUGCCAAUCUUCAAGAAGACGCCCGAGACGUAUGAGGAGAAGACGCCCGAGACGACGGAAGUGGAUGAAACGGAGGAGACCACGACGGAAGUGACGGAGACGUAUGAGGAGGUGCCAAUCUUCAAGAAGACGCCCGAGACGACGGAAGUGGAUGAAACGGAGGAGACCACGACGGAAGUGACGUUCACGACGGAGACGUAUGAGGAGAAGACGCCCGAGACGACGGAAGUGGAUGAAACGGAGGAGACCACGACGGAAGUGACGGAGACGUAUGAGGAGGUGCCAAUCUUCAAGAAGACGCCCGAGACGACGGAAGUGGAUGAAACGGAGGAGACCACGACGGAAGUGACGUUCACGACGGAGACGUAUGAGGAGGUGCCAAUCUUCAAGAAGACGCCCGAGACGACGGAAGUGGAUGAAACGGAGGAGACCACGACGGAAGUGACGUUCACGACGGAGACGUAUGAGGAGGUGCCAAUCUUCAAGAAGACGCCCGAGACGACGGAAGUGGAUGAAACGGAGGAGACCACGACGGAAGUGACGGAGACGUAUGAGGAGGUGCCAAUCUUCAAGAAGACGCCCGAGACGACGGAAGUGGAUGAAACGGAGGAGACCACGACGGAAGUGACGGAGACGAUGAGGAGACGUAUGAGGAGUGACGGAGACUAUGAGGAGACGUAUGAGGAGGUGCCAAUCUCCAAGAAGACGCCCGAGACGACGGAAGUGGAUGAAACGGAGGAGACCACGACGGAAGUGACGGAGACGUAUGAGGAGGUGCCAAUCUUCAAGAAGACGCCCGAGACGACGGAAGUGGAUGAAACGGAGGAGACCACGACGGAAGUGACGUUCACGACGGAGACGUAUGAGGAGGUGCCAAUCUCCAAGAAGACGCCCGAGACGACGGAAGUGGAUGAAACGGAGGAGACCACGACGGAAGUGACGUUCACGACGGAGACGUAUGAGGAGGUGCCAAUCUUCAAGAAGACGCCCGAGACGACGGAAGUGGAUGAAACGGAGGAGACCACGACGGAAGUGACGUUCACGACGGAGACGUAUGAGGAGGUGCCAAUCUUCAAGAAGACGCCCGAGACGACGGAAGUGGAUGAAACGGAGGAGACCACGACGGAAGUGACGGAGACGUAUGAGGAGGUGCCAAUCUUCAAGAAGACGCCCGAGACGACGGAAGUGGAUGAAACGGAGGAGACCACGACGGAAGUGACGUUCACGACGGAGACGUAUGAGGAGGUGCCAAUCUUCAAGAAGACGCCCGAGACGACGGAAGUGGAUGAAACGGAGGAGACCACGACGGAAGUGACGUUCACGACGGAGACGUAUGAGGAGGUGCCAAUCUUCAAGAAGACGCCCGAGACGACGGAAGUGGAUGAAACGGAGGAGACCACGACGGAAGUGACGGAGACGUAUGAGGAGGUGCCAAUCUUCAAGAAGACGCCCGAGACGACGGAAGUGGAUGAAACGGAGGAGACCACGACGGAAGUGACGUUCACGACGGAGACGUAUGAGGAGGUGCCAAUCUCCAAGAAGACGCCCGAGACGACGGAAGCGGAUGAAACGGAGGAGACCACGACGGAAGUGACGGAGACGUAUGAGGAGGUGCCAAUCUUCAAGAAGACGCCCGAGACGACGGAAGUGGAUGAAACGGAGGAGACCACGACGGAAGUGACGGAGACGUAUGAGGAGGUGCCAAUCUUCAAGAAGACGCCCGAGACGACGGAAGUGGAUGAAACGGAGGAGACCACGACGGAAGUGACGGAGACGUAUGAGGAGGUGCCAAUCUCCAAGAAGACGCCCGAGACGACGGAAGUGGAUGAAACGGAGGAGACCACGACGGAAGUGACGGAAGUGACGGAGACGUAUGAGGAGGUGCCAAUCUUCAAGAAGACGCCCGAGACGACGGAAGUGGAUGAAACGGAGGAGACCACGACGGAAGUGACGGAGACGUAUGAGGAGGUGCCAAUCUUCAAGAAGACGCCCGAGACGACGGAAGUGGAUGAAACGGAGGAGACCACGACGGAAGUGACGGAGACGUAUGAGGAGGUGCCAAUCUUCAAGAAGACGCCCGAGACGACGGAAGUGGAUGAAACGGAGGAGACCACGACGGAAGUGACGGAGACGUAUGAGGAGGUGCCAAUCUCCAAGAAGACGCCCGAGACGACGGAAGUGGAUGAAACGGAGGAGACCACGACGGAAGUGACGGAAGUGACGGAGACGUAUGAGGAGGUGCCAAUCUUCAAGAAGACGCCCGAGACGACGGAAGUGGAUGAAACGGAGGAGACCACGACGGAAGUGACGUUCACGACGGAGACGUAUGAGGAGGUGCCAAUCUUCAAGAAGACGCCCGAGACGACGGAAGUGGAUGAAACGGAGGAGACCACGACGGAAGUGACGUUCACGACGGAGACGUAUGAGGAGGUGCCAAUCUUCAAGAAGACGCCCGAGACGACGGAAGUGGAUGAAACGGAGGAGACCACGACGGAAGUGACGGAGACGAAGGAGACGUAUGAGGAGGUGCCAAUCUCCAAGAAGACGCCCGAGACGACGGAAGUGGAUGAAACGGAGGAGACCACGACGGAAGUGACGGAGACGUAUGAGGAGGUGCCAAUCUUCAAGAAGACGCCCGAGACGACGGAAGUGGAUGAAACGGAGGAGACCACGACGGAAGUGACGUUCACGACGGAGACGUAUGAGGAGGUGCCAAUCUUCAAGAAGACGCCCGAGACGACGGAAGUGGAUGAAACGGAGGAGACCACGACGGAAGUGACGUUCACGACGGAGACGUAUGAGGAGGUGCCAAUCUCCAAGAAGACGCCCGAGACGACGGAAGCGGAUGAAACGGAGGAGACCACGACGGAAGUGACGGAGACGUAUGAGGAGGUGCCAAUCUUCAAGAAGACGCCCGAGACGACGGAAGUGGAUGAAACGGAGGAGACCACGACGGAAGUGACGGAGACGUAUGAGGAGGUGCCAAUCUUCAAGAAGACGCCCGAGACGACGGAAGUGGAUGAAACGGAGGAGACCACGACGGAAGUGACGGAGACGUAUGAGGAGGUGCCAAUCUCCAAGAAGACGCCCGAGACGACGGAAGUGGAUGAAACGGAGGAGACCACGACGGAAGUGACGGAAGUGACGGAGACGUAUGAGGAGGUGCCAAUCUUCAAGAAGACGCCCGAGACGACGGAAGUGGAUGAAACGGAGGAGACCACGACGGAAGUGACGUUCACGACGGAGACGUAUGAGGAGGUGCCAAUCUUCAAGAAGACGCCCGAGACGACGGAAGUGGAUGAAACGGAGGAGACCACGACGGAAGUGACGUUCACGACGGAGACGUAUGAGGAGGUGCCAAUCUUCAAGAAGACGCCCGAGACGACGGAAGUGGAUGAAACGGAGGAGACCACGACGGAAGUGACGGAGACGUAUGAGGAGAAGACGCCCGAGACGACGGAAGUGGAUGAAACGGAGGAGACCACGACGGAAGUGACGUUCACGACGGAGACGUAUGAGGAGGUGCCAAUCUUCAAGAAGACGCCCGAGACGACGGAAGUGGAUGAAACGGAGGAGACCACGACGGAAGUGACGUUCACGACGGAGACGUAUGAGGAGGUGCCAAUCUUCAAGAAGACGCCCGAGACGACGGAAGUGGAUGAAACGGAGGAGACCACGACGGAAGUGACGUUCACGACGGAGACGUAUGAGGAGGUGCCAAUCUUCAAGAAGACGCCCGAGACGACGGAAGUGGAUGAAACGGAGGAGACCACGACGGAAGUGACGGAGACGUAUGAGGAGGUGCCAAUCUUCAAGAAGACGCCCGAGACGACGGAAGUGGAUGAAACGGAGGAGACCACGACGGAAGUGACGGAGACGUAUGAGGAGGUGCCAAUCUUCAAGAAGACGCCCGAGACGACGGAAGUGGAUGAAACGGAGGAGACCACGACGGAAGUGACGGAGACGUAUGAGGAGGUGCCAAUCUCCAAGAAGACGCCCGAGACGACGGAAGUGGAUGAAACGGAGGAGACCACGACGGAAGUGACGGAAGUGACGGAGACGUAUGAGGAGGUGCCAAUCUUCAAGAAGACGCCCGAGACGACGGAAGUGGAUGAAACGGAGGAGACCACGACGGAAGUGACGUUCACGACGGAGACGUAUGAGGAGGUGCCAAUCUUCAAGAAGACGCCCGAGACGACGGAAGUGGAUGAAACGGAGGAGACCACGACGGAAGUGACGUUCACGACGGAGACGUAUGAGGAGGUGCCAAUCUUCAAGAAGACGCCCGAGACGACGGAAGUGGAUGAAACGGAGGAGACCACGACGGAAGUGACGGAGACGUAUGAGGAGGUGCCAAUCUUCAAGAAGACGCCCGAGACGACGGAAGUGGAUGAAACGGAGGAGACCACGACGGAAGUGACGUUCACGACGGAGACGUAUGAGGAGGUGCCAAUCUUCAAGAAGACGCCCGAGACGACGGAAGUGGAUGAAACGGAGGAGACCACGACGGAAGUGACGUUCACGACGGAGACGUAUGAGGAGGUGCCAAUCUUCAAGAAGACGCCCGAGACGACGGAAGUGGAUGAAACGGAGGAGACCACGACGGAAGUGACGGAAGUGACGGAGACGUAUGAGGAGGUGCCAAUCUUCAAGAAGACGCCCGAGACGACGGAAGUGGAUGAAACGGAGGAGACCACGACGGAAGUGACGGAAGUGACGGAGACGUAUGAGGAGGUGCCAAUCUUCAAGAAGACGCCCGAGACGACGGAAGUGGAUGAAACGGAGGAGACCACGACGGAAGUGACGUUCACGACGGAGACGUAUGAGGAGGUGCCAAUCUUCAAGAAGACGCCCGAGACGACGGAAGUGGAUGAAACGGAGGAGACCACGACGGAAGUGACGUUCACGACGGAGACGUAUGAGGAGGUGCCAAUCUUCAAGAAGACGCCCGAGACGACGGAAGUGUAUGAAACGGAGGAGACCACGACGGAAGUGACGGAGACGUAUGAGGAGGUGCCAAUCUUCAAGAAGACGCCCGAGACGACGGAAGUGGAUGAAACGGAGGAGACCACGACGGAAGUGACGUUCACGACGGAGACGUAUGAGGAGGUGCCAAUCUUCAAGAAGACGCCCGGGACGACGGAAGUGGAUGAAACGGAGGAGACCACGACGGAAGUGACGUUCACGACGGAGACGUAUGAGGAGGUGCCAAUCUUCAAGAAGACGCCCGAGACGACGGAAGUGGAUGAAACGGAGGAGACCACGACGGAAGUGACGUUCACGACGGAGACGUAUGAGGAGGUGCCAAUCUUCAAGAAGACGCCCGAGACGACGGAAGUGGAUGAAACGGAGGAGACCACGACGGAAGUGACGGAGACGAUGAGGAGACAGGAGACGUAUGAGGAGGUGCCAAUCUUCAAGAAGACGCCCGAGACGACGGAAGUGGAUGAAACGGAGGAGACCACGACGGAAGUGACGGAGACGUAUGAGGAGGUGCCAAUCUCCAAGAAGACGCCCGAGACGACGGAAGUGGAUGAAACGGAGGAGACCACGACGGAAGUGACGUUCACGACGGAGACGUAUGAGGAGGUGCCAAUCUUCAAAAAGACGCACGCGACAGUUAGAUCGGCUGUAAGUGUGACGGAGCAAGCUGGCACGGUGCCAGGCGAGUCGGUGAAGACGGAGGUGUUCCGCUCGGAGAGACCGGACGGCAGCAUCGUGACCAAGACGGUCCGCACCACGACUUGGACCAAGAAGUGUACGAAUGGCGAUCUCGUGACGACGACUGAGGUGGAAACGACGACUGAAACGGAAUCCCCGGACGGCACGACAAGCACUACGGUGGCGAUGGAGACCUGCGAAGAGACGGAGACGGAGGAGAGCAGUCUCCCGACGACGCCCGCUACGGAUGGUCCUGCUGUGAGUGUGACGGAGCAAGCUGGCACGGUGCCAGGCGAGUCGGUGAAGACGGAGGUGUUCCGCUCGGAGAGACCGGACGGCAGCAUCGUGACCAAGACGGUCCGCACCACGACUUGGACCAAGAAGUGUACGAAUGGCGAUCUCGUGACGACGACUGAGGUGAAAACGACGACUGAAACGGAAUCCCCGGACGGCACGACAAGCACUACGGUGGCGAUGGAGACCUGCGAUGAGACGGAGACGGAGGAGAGCAGUCUCCCGACGACGCCCGCUACGGAUGGUCCUGCUGUGAGUGUGACGGAGCAAGCUAGCACGGUGCCAGGCGAGUCGGUGAAGACGGAGGUGUUCCGCUCGGAGAGACCGGACGGCAGCAUCGUGACCAAGACGGUCCGCACCACGACUUGGACCAAGAAGUGUACGAAUGGCGAGCUCAUGACGACGACUGAGGUGAAAACGACGACUGAAACGGAAUCCCCGGACGGCACGACAAGCACUACGGUGGCGAUGGAGACCUGCGAUGAGACGGAGACGGAGGAGAGCAGUCUCCCGACGACGCCCGCUACGGAUGGUCCUGCUGUGAGUGUGACGGAGCAAGCUGGCACGGUGCCAGGCGAGUCGGUGAAGACGGAGGUGGUCCGCUCGGAGAGAUCGGACGGCAGCAUCGUGACCAAGACGGUCCGCACCACGACUUGGACCAAGAAGUGUACGAAUGGCGAGCUCAUGACGACGACUGAGGUGAAAACGACGACUGAAACGGAAUCCCCGGACGGCACGACAAGCACUACGGUGGCGAUGGAGACCUGCAAAGAGACGGAGACGGAGGAGAGCAGUCACCUGACGACGCCCGCUACGGAUGGUCCUGCUGUGAGCGUGACGGAGCGAGCUGGCACGGUGCCAGGCGAGUCGGUGAAGACGGAGGUGGUCCGCUCGGAGAGAUCGGACGGCAGCAUCGUGACCAAGACGGUCCGCACCACGACUUGGACCAAGAAGUGUACGAAUGGCGAGCUCAUGACGACGACUGAGGUGAAAACGACGACUGAAACGGAAUCCCCGGACGGCACGACAAGCACUACGGUGGCGAUGGAGACCUGCGAUGAGACGGAGACGGAGGAGAGCAGUCACCUGACGACGCUCGCUACGGAUGGUCCUGCUGUGAGUGUGACGGAGCAAGCUGGCACGGUGCCAGGCGAGUCGGUGAAGACGGAGGUGUUCCGCUCGGAGAGACCGGACGGCAGCAUCGUGACCAAGACGGUCCGCACCACGACUUGGACCAAGAAGUGUACGAAUGGCGAGCUCAUGACGACGACUGAGGUGAAAACGACGACUGAAACGGAAUCCCCGGACGGCACGACAAGCACUACGGUGGCGAUGGAGACCUGCGAUGAGACGGAGACGGAGGAGAGCAGUCCCCCGAUGACGCCCGCUACGGAUGGUCCUGCUGUGAGCGUGACGGAGCGAGCUGGCACGGUGCCAGGCGAGUCGGUGAAGACGGAGGUGGUCCGCUCGGAGAGAUCGGACGGCAGCAUCGUGACCAAGACGGUCCGCACCACGACUUGGACCAAGAAGUGUACGAAUGGCGAGCUCAUGACGACGACUGAGGUGAAAACGACGACUGAAACGGAAUCCCCGGACGGCACGACAAGCACUACGGUGGCGAUGGAGACCUGCAAAGAGACGGAGACGGAGGAGAGCAGUCACCUGACGACGCCCGCUACGGAUGGUCCUGCUGUGAGCGUGACGGAGCGAGCUGGCACGGUGCCAGGCGAGUCGGUGAAGACGGAGGUGUUCCGCUCGGAGAGAUCGGACGGCAGCAUCGUGACCAAGACGGUCCGCACCACGACUUGGACCAAGAAGUGUACGAAUGGCGAGCUCAUGACGACGACUGAGGUGAAAACGACGACUGAAACGGAAUCCCCGGACGGCACGACAAGCACUACGGUGGCGAUGGAGACCCGCGAAGAGACGACGACUAGGGAUGACUUGGAAUUGUCUGAAAAGAUGGAUACGUGUGAAAUUAGUGAGGUGGAUGAUUGUGAGGAGAUCACGAUGCACACGAAUUCCAGGGUGUCGGAAGAUGGAUUCUCGAAUGAGGCGGAUACGCUGGAUGAGAACUCGAUGGAAAGUUUCAGUCAAAUGGGUGACGCCACGACUUUUGCUGUGAAUGGCGUGUCUUGUGCUAGCAUAUCGACGUCUAUCGGAAAGUCACCAGCACCAGGAGACUUGCGGGUGGGUGAGAAUGGCAAUAAAGCGGCGAAGAAGAGCAAGGGUGUUCGAGUCCAGAAUACCGAUGUCUUUCCAAUAAUGGCGCAGUCAUCUGGUGAGACCGAGAGUGCGCAUGUUGCUGCUGCUUGGGGGGAAGCCGUUGGCAAUUUGCACACGAAACAUGACUGCGGGAGUAGGUGGAUCCGGGAACUGGUGGUGUCUCAAGGGCAUUCGGUCCGACUGGCGUUCGAUGACAUCACGUGUGUUGGUCAAGUGAACGGUAGGUCGAAAGAUCCGACUUCUGUGGUGAAAAGGGCUACGGGCUUUGCGGAGUCAGGUUCAUUGACCGCAAUCUUGGGAGCCGGCCGGGUUGGCAAAUCCGCUCUCCUAAGUGCCCUAGCUGGCGAAGAAGAUCCAAAAGCGGGCUCAGUUUACUACAAUGGAAUCGUAGCGAGUGCUUUAGUACGACGGCGUUCCACAGGCUUCUGUUGGUUUGGUGAUGAACAUUAUGACUGGUGUGGAGCGACUACAGUACGUGAAGCUCUGUGCCUCAGCGCCCGACUUCGGCGAGGCAACGACGUUCCCGACAGUCACAAGCUUAAAACAGUCGAGUCUUGUCUCGACCUCUUGGGACUGUCGGACCUGGCCGAACAGUGUAUCAGCUCGUGCUCUGAUGUGGAGGUCCGUCUCGUCGCAAUUGGGGUGGAACUCGCAUUUGCCCCAAGCAUACUCCUUCUGGAUGAACCUACAAGCGACCUUGACAUUAGCAGCGCGCAGAGAAUCAUCCAUGUGCUCAAGCAAGUCGCUCGUACGGGUCGCACAGUCAUCUGCAGUAUAGGCGACACAGCAUCUUCCGCUGAGCUGCGCGCAUUUGAUCGCCUCUUAUUGCUAUCGAGUGGCGGCGAAACGAUUUUCCAUGGCGAAACUCGCUUGCUGGUGCAAUACCUAGAGGCCAUCCCGGGUGUAAAGAAAAUGAGCACUAACAAUAGCCUAAGUGCAUGGGCGCUGGAAAGUGUGGGCAAAAAACCCACAAUAUCUCACAUAGCCACGACGACGACAACCACAACGACUAGAGGAAACAAGGGUCGCACAAACGCAAAGAAGAGAAAGCAUUUGCGCGCCGAAUUAGCGUGGACUGGUUCAGAGGUCGCCGGUAUUGAAGAAACUCGGUUUGUGCAGCUGUUCAAGCGCAGCGAGAUGAAGAAAACACUGUCAGCGCAAAUGCAGCGCGCGGGCUACUUGCAGCCAUACUCGAAAGGGUCGCUAGCACCUCCAUUGAUUGCAGCGUACAACAGUGGAAAGCUUGGAUUGCGGGCAUCUUCGCUGCGCACGCAGAUGACGUAUCUCAUUCAACGCGUGGCUCUCUCGUAUUGGCGCAGCUUGUUUCCGAUCCGUGCGAUGGCAAAGACAGCAACCACGAUGCAACUUCUCGGAUCGGUGGGAGUCAUUUCUAUAUGUUUAGCGUGGUCCCUACUCGCGACGAGGAGUACUAAGUAUCUCACGGUUGAUGGCGUGGACCAUGGUGUAUCACUGAUUACAUGGUCGACUCUAGUGCUUGGAGCCAGCUUCGCUCUCGCUGCUGUCAGGAGGGCUUGUCACGGUCAUGCUUGGAGGGAAAAUGCGUGUUGGCGCCGCGAGCAGGCGUGGCAAGCGUACCCCGCGGUAGCUUACCACGUCUCUUCUAGUAUUGUGGAACUCGCGUUCGUGCUCGUGAUCACGUUUGUGGCUGCGGUGUCCACGUUCACCCUGUUCGGCUUUUGGUCAAUUGCCAGUAGCAACACCUUCGCGCUCGCCUGGUUCUCUCUCAUGCUCUUUGCUCUCGGGCAGAUGUAUCUGGGCCAGUGGCUUGUGCGGCUGACUCCGAACGGAGGUCUUGCUGCAGUUGCAGGCGUUGCAAUUAAUCUACUUCCGCUGUUUACGCUCUGGAGGGACAGUGCUGCAAGCUGGCUGAUGUCGCUAUUUGUGUCAGUGACACCACAACACUCUGCGCUGCAGGUACUGCAAGCACUUGUUUUCAGUGCUGCUGCUGACUCUUGCGCCUACGACAACAAUGACGUUGACCCGUUCCCAUGCCGCGAGCUACGACUGAAUCCAUCGGACGAACGCCGCUACAGUGAGAAACUCACAGUGCGCACAUACGUGGAGAUCGAGUACGGUGCCCAACGCGAUAGUGUGGCGUAUCAUCUUGUCAAGCUGGCGAUAUUCCUUGUGGUGCUUCGCCUUCUCGUGGUUAUGGCGUUGAAGAAGCGGCAUGCAUAUGCGUGA